AUGGCUAACGAUCACAUCCUGACCCUGUCCUGCCCGGACAAGCCUGGCAUCGUCCACGCGGUGACGGGCAUCUUUGCCGAACAGAACCUCAACAUUCUGGAUCUCCAGCAGUUUUCCGACCCGGUUUCUGAGAAGUUCUUCAUGCGUGUUCAUUUUGGUCCCACUCAGUCGGAGUCGACGGCGCAUUUGGAUGAGCCUUUUGGCGCACUUGCUGCCGAUCUCAAGAUGGAGUACGAUAUUCGACCCGUCGCAAAGAAAUUGCGUGUUUUGAUCAUGGUGUCCAAGAUCGGCCACUGCCUCAACGACCUACUCUUCCGUACCAAGGCUGGCCAGCUGAACAUUGAGGUGCCCCUUAUUGUUUCGAAUCACCCGGAGUUCCAGCAACUGGCUGGCAACUACGGCAUUGACUUCAAGCAUCUGCCCGUAACCAAGGACACCAAGGCCGAGCAGGAGCAGAAGAUCCUGGACCUCAUCAAGGAGCACGACAUUGAGCUUGUCGUCCUCGCCCGUUACAUGCAGGUUCUCUCACCGAGACUGUGCGAAGCUAUGUCCGGACGCAUCAUCAACAUCCACCACAGCUUCUUGCCAUCCUUCAAGGGCGCCAAACCAUACCACCAGGCCUAUGAGCGCGGAGUCAAGAUCAUCGGUGCCACUGCUCAUUUCGUCACGGCUGACCUUGAUGAAGGCCCCAUCAUCGAGCAGCGUGUCUCUAGGGUCGACCAUAGCCUGAACCCAAAGGAGCUGGUUGAGGAGGGAGCCAAUGUCGAGAGCCAGGUCUUGGCCGCUGCGGUCAAGUGGACGGCCGAGGGACGCGUUUUUCUCAACAAAACCAAGACAGUAGUCUUCAAUUAA